AAUUAAUAAUUUCUUGCUUGAAGAAUCAAGACAAAACAAAAUGCCUAAUCCCAUUUCCAUCGUUCAUUAAUCUUGCAUCGAUCACAUGUUCGCCACCACUACUUUAAAUCCCACAUCUCUUUCUUCUUCUCUCAUUCCGGAUUCCCAUUUUCUCCGUCUUCACCAAUCCAAGGGGGAGCUUCACAACACUUGCGCUGCUCCUCUUCACUACUCAAUAUGGAUAAUGGCGUUUGCCCGAGUUUGUUCCCACUGCACCGCAGCAAAACCAUCCACCUGGUUGGUAUCUCUAUUUUGAUACUUCAAGGUGAGGCAUGCUCAGGGAAUCCACAAUGUAGAUGGAGACAAGAACUACAAAGCUUUCAUGUCUCCGGAAUAUUUUGAUGCGCACCUAACUCAAUUGGGCUGGCAGCAGGUUGACAACCUGCGUAAACAUGUGCAUUCGAGUGGCCUCAUAAAGAGCAUUGAUUUGGUCAUUACGUCUCCAUUGCUAAGGACCAUGCAAACUGCUGUCGGGGUAUUUGGUGGCGAGGCAUAUUCUGACAAGAUGGAUAUUGUACCACUAAUGGUGGAAAAUGCUGGAAAUAGUGACCAUCCUGCAAUUUCGAGCCUUGAUUGCCCACCGAUUGUUGCAGUUGAACUCUGUCGAGAACAUCUGGGAGUUCAUCCUUGUGAUAAGAGGAGAAGCAUUAGCGAAUAUCGAUGCCUUUUCCCAGCUGUUGAUUUUUCACUGAUAGAGAGUGAUGAUGAUGUAUUAUGGAAGGCUGAUGUCAGAGAGACCAAGGAUGAGGUUGCAGCUAGGGGAAUGAACUUCAUGAACUGGUUGUUCACACGGAAAGAGAAGGAGAUAGCAAUAGUUACACACAGCGGGUUCUUGUUCCACACACUAGCUGCCUUUGGCAAUGACUGCCACCCUCUUGUAAAGAAAGAAAUUUCUAGUCAUUUUGCCAACUGCGAGCUUCGUUCCAUGGUCAUCCUUGACAGAGGCAUGGUUGGGUCAGACUGUUCAUCAACUAACUAUCCCGGAAAGAUCCCCUCGGGGCUGGAUUCUCCGAGUGAUGCUGCUGCUGAUGCGAAGAAGGAAGGGAAAGAGUGACCAAACUCGUUGCAUCAAUAAAGAAAGUCUAAGCGAUGGAUGAGGCGAGAGCAAUUUAAGCACGCGUUGCUUCCAGUAAGUGGCGAUCCCGAGAAUCGACACAUCUCUUCAGAAAUAUGGUGCCUCUCUACCUAAUUAUCUUCUUUGUGCAGACAUUACUGAGUUUCUUCAUCAUCCCAUCUAUUAGUCUUUCCCACCAUGUGUGGUGAAUUUGUGGUUGAAUCAAUGUUUGAUUAUAAGCAUUGUGUUUUAGAUUUAUGCUUACUGGAAAAUGAUCAAUACAAAAAUGCUUAAAUA